AUGGCACUGCCAAUUGCCAAAAAUGGAGGUGCCGAUCAGGUUCCAUUUAAUAAUAGCGAGCCAGAGCGAAAUUCUGAUACUGAUGUUAAUGACGAAACCAUAAUAGAGCCAGAUUCAGAUGAGAGUGACCAAGACCAAGUAACAGCACCAGAAGUGAAAGAAAAUGGCCAUGAUGAUAGCAGUCUACGAGAGGAGCUGUCUGAUGAAGAAGAAGACGAGCCACCAAUUUUGAAAUAUACGCGGCUUAAUUUACUUCCGCAAUCGUUCUUCAAGAAAGACCCCAUUUCGAGCCUGUGUUUUCACGACAAUGUAUUUAUAUUUGGAACCCAUACUGGUUUGAUUCUUCUAGCAAAGCCAGACUUUACAAUAAUUCGCUCAUUUCGAGCCCACAAGGCGUCCAUUCUUUCGCUAUACACUGACGGCUACUACUUCGCAAGUGGGUCCAUGGACGGUACCGUCGUCAUUGGCUCUGUGGAGGACGCCAACGAUAUUGUCAUGUUCGAUUACAAGAGGCCUGUUCAUGCUGUUGUUCUCGACAAAAACUACCAGAAGAAUCGCUCGUUCAUUUACGGAGGUAUGAGUGGAAAGGUCGUGUAUUCAUAUAAGUCCUGGCUUGACCAGCGCUCAGAGCUUGUGCUAGACGAGGACAACGGCGCAAUUGUUGGAAUUCAGACAAUUGACGAUUUGCUUCUUUGGAUGAACGACAAGGGAAUCACCAUUUACCAUAUUACCACUAAACAGAUCAUAUCCACGAUUUCAAAACCGUCAGACUCCUUCCGAAGCGACUUGUACUGGCCACGAAUUUGCUUCCCAGAAACUAAUAUGCUUUUGAUUGCCUGGGGUAAUUAUAUCUGGUCUUUGAAGGUGUCCGUGAAGGGAAGUGGUGGUUCUGGCGCUGGAUCGUCAAUUAGAAGCCGCUACUUACCUUCAGCACCUUCACUUUCAUUCCGCUCAGUGAACGAGAAAAAGGUGGAAGUUGAGCACGUUUACAAAAUGGACUUUUUGAUAUCAGGCAUCGGCAGUUUCAAGGACGAUUUGUGGAUUGUGCUAGUCUACAAUCAACCAGAGAAGGACGAGGAGACAGGGCGAGUUGAGGUACAGAAUCCUGAUCUCAAACUCGUGAGCUCGACAGAUGGGUCGACGGUGCAUGAGGAAGAAAUUGGAUUCAAUUUCACUGAUAACCUCGGUUUAAACGACUACCAUCUUGGAAAGCACAUUGGUGAUAAGUCAGUUCGUUAUUUCAUAAUGAGUGCUCGAGAUGCCAUAGUGGCUGAACAAAUUCAGCUUGAUGAUCAACUCCAAUGGUAUCUUGACCGACAAAUGUAUUUGGAAGCGUGGCAGAUGAGUCAGCAUAUCGUCCAGCCUAUCAAAAGACUUAAAUAUGGUACUUGGUACAUUGAGAGUCUCACAAAUCAUGAGGAUUGGACCAAAGCUGCUGAGAUGCUUACCAAGAUUCUUCACAUCGACCCGAGUGAAUUCCCAUUGGGAGAUACAAAGUCUACAUUGAACACAAAAAACUCAGUUUCCUCUUCUGUUGAGGACAAAGAGGCAUUUGUCAAGGAAGUCUCGUCGCAAUGGGGUCACUGGAUUUCGAUUUUCAUCAAAACCGGUCAUGCGAGGGAAAUCACUCCCGUAGCACCAGCAGAUACAAGAUGGAACCUACCCAAGCAGCUUUUCUCGGACAUCCUCAAUUACUGGAUGGAACUACUCCCAGAUGACGAGACAUUCUUCGAAUUGAUAAGUCAAUGGGAUAAUGAUUUGUAUGAUACUGAUUCCACAACAGAGAAAAUCGAAUCAUAUCUUGAGCAGCACGAAGAUAAUGUGAAAUUGAGGCGUCAGCUUUGCUCCAUGUACGAACGGUCUUACAAUCCUCGUAAGGCCGUUCCUCAUUUGACAAUUAUGAGAGACCCGAAGAUUUUCGAUUUUUUGGUGUCCAAUCAUAUCUUGCCAUUCUUCGUGGCUGAUUUUCCUCAAUUCAUUCAGUUCAGGUUUGAUGAUCCCUCUGAUAUAGAGCGUAUGCCUGUUACCAAGCUUGGGUCAAAACUUCAUGAUGUUAUUGGCAUUCUUGCUGAUGCAAGACAUGAAAUAGCUCCGGCUGAUGUGAUCAAAGUGAUGUUUGAAAAUCACGUUGACGUGAUCAACUACUUUUAUAUUGAGGAGUUGGUGAGCAUAGAUGAGCUACUCGUCAGAAACUUUGAAGAUGUGCGUAUUCAACUUUACGGCCAAUACGAUCGUCAGAAGCUCCUUCCUUUCAUGACUUCGCACGAUAAUUACGAUGUUUCUAAAGCGAUUGAGGUCUGCGAAAGAAACUCUUUAAUUGAUGAGCUCGUCUUCUUGCUUGGUAAGGUUGGCGAGAACAAGAAAGCGAUGCAACUCAUCAUGGAACAACUAAACGAUCCAAAGGGGGCAAUUCGUUUUGCCAAGCUACAGAAUGACAAGGAGACGUGGGAAUUACUCUUGCAACAUUCCUACUCAAGGCCUGAAUUCAUCAAGGCAUUGAUAGAGCUGUCUGAUGAUCAAUCGAGUGCAUUUUAUAAUCCUAUCACCAUUCUACAGAAUAUGGACACGGAUGUCGAGGUCGAAGGUUUGAGAGAUUCCGUCAUCAAGGUCGAAAACGAAAACGACAUUACCUUGAUCGUCAACGAAUUAAUUUUGCGGAUAGUGACAAAACGAUCUGAAAGCAUUUCCCGAACACAUUACAGCGACAUGAUCCGAGGAAUGGAAGUCGACGAAUCCGACUUCGAACAAUACGCGUCAGAGUUUGAGGCACUUGCUGUUGUUAUGGAAACACCUCAAGGUAAGCACAGACUUGUUAAGGAGACGGAGUUGGUGCCUGAAUCGCUCACUUGA